AUGGCGGACGCGAUGAGGCCUUCUGGAAGCAAUGAGCUUCAUCAUCCAGAAGUUCUUUCGCGAGAGCGACUCUUGCAAAUUUUGUGCGAUCGAUCUAUACCUCGUGAACAUCUUUUAUAUUUAGAAAAAGGUGAUCUUGUCCAGCUAUUUUAUAAGUAUGUCACCCCACUACCCCAAAGGCUCCAUCAACUUCGUCGAGCAAGAAGAAGGCAGCAUGUGCCUUGUGGUGCACAAACCGUUACUUCCAAUGAUAAAACACCGAAAAUAAUUCGACUAACGAAGAGAAAAUCUCAUGAAAAAUUAAAUACAAGACCCAUCAAGAUCUCAAGAACAGAGCUCAGUAGCAGCAUCAAAAUCAACAGAAGUCCAACUUCUUUUGAGUCAAUAAGUGAUGAAAUGAACUCUGUAUCCAUUCAUACAACAUCUCCGACUAUGGACUAUAUUUCUGAUCAUGGAGGAAAAGCACAAAAUACAUCAAUCAAACCAAAGGUGGUAAAACUGAACAGAAAGACUUUAGGACUUCAUGUUGACACAUCAUUUGAAAAUCUCCAGUCAAAGGAUGAGUCAAAUUCAAGUUUAAAUGGAAAACUGCAAAAGGAAGUUUCUGCCUCUUCAACAUCUAGUGAUUCUGGCUCAGAUGUCAAUGAUAGUAAACCAGGAAAUGCAAAAAGAAAAUUUAAGAAAGUAGCAGUCACAUGGCCUUAAACAAUUUAAAUUUAGGUGAAAUAGUCCUUAUCAGUGGACUUUGUAAAUAAUAGGUGUUAGUUUGAUAAAAUUUAUCCAUCCUAAGAUUUGUGAAAGCUGUGUGAUUACAUGAAAAACAAAAUGUAACUGUAAUUCAAUAAAAAAGAGUUAUUAAAUAGAGGUUGAAUUAUUUA